GUUUCUGGGGACUUUCGUCCCCACCUAGCCACAGAAUUGUCAACCUCAAAACAGUGACGUGUAAACAUUUCCAAUUUUCACGGGAUUUUCACGAAAUGAGUUCGUUUAAACGCGACAAGAAGGAGGAAGAGGACGGGGGCGGCAACCCUUUCCAAAACAUCGAGAAAACCACAGUCUUGCAGGAGGCCCGUGUCUUUAACGACACGACCGUCAACCCUCGCAAAUGCACCCACAUUCUCACCAAACUCCUCUAUCUCCUCAACCAAGGGGAGCAGCUUGGGACCAAAGAGGCCACAGACGCGUUUUUCGCAAUGACUAAACUGUUCCAGUCGCGUGAUGUCAUCCUACGCCGGAUGGUUUACCUAGGGAUUAAGGAAUUGAGCUCGAUUGCUGAUGAUGUCAUUAUUGUUACUUCAAGUCUCACUAAGGACAUGACGGGGAAGGAGGAUUUGUACAGAGCGGCCGCGAUUAGGGCCCUUUGUAGCAUCACAGAUGCGACGAUGUUGCAAACGAUUGAAAGAUACAUGAAACAGGCGAUUGUUGAUCGGAACUCAGCUGUGAGUUCGGCCGCACUUGUCAGUUCCUUGCAUUUGACCAAGUUGGCUCCGGAGGUGGUCAAGCGGUGGGUCAACGAGGCACAAGAGGCUGUCAAUAGCGAUAACAUAAUGGUGCAAUACCACGCCUUGGGCCUCCUGUACCACAUCCGCAAAACGGACCGCUUAGCUGUAACGAAGCUCGUGGCGAAGCUGACGCGCAUUUCGCUCAAGUCGCCGUAUGCCGUCUGCAUGCUGAUCCGCAUCGCGGCCAAGCUGCUCGACGAGGAGGACACCGGCGCUGAUUCGCCUCUGGCCGACUUCAUCGAGUCCUGCCUGCGCCACAAGAGCGAGAUGGUCGUGUACGAGGCGGCCCACGCCAUCGUCAACCUCCGGCGCACCACCAGCCGCGAGCUGGCGCCCGCCAUCAGCGUGCUGCAGCUGUUCUGCGGCUCGCCCAAGCCCACGCUGCGGUUCGCCGCCGUGCGCACGCUGAACCAGGUGGCGAUCUCGCACCCGGCCGCCGUGACGGCGUGCAACCUGGACCUGGAGAACCUGAUCACGGACUCGAACCGCUCGAUCGCCACGCUGGCCAUCACCACGCUGCUGAAGACGGGCGCCGAGUCGUCGGUCGACCGGCUCAUGAAGCAGAUCGCGACGUUCGUGUCGGAGAUCAGCGACGAGUUCAAGGUGGUGGUGGUGCAGGCGAUCCGGGCGUUGGCGCUCAAGUUUCCGCGGAAGCACAGCGUUCUGAUGAACUUCCUGUCGGCGAUGCUAAGGGACGAGGGCGGGCUGGAGUAUAAGGCGUCCAUUGCCGACACCAUUAUCACCAUCAUUGAGGAUAAUCCCGAGGCGAAGGAGGCUGGGUUAGCGCAUCUGUGCGAGUUCAUUGAGGAUUGUGAGCAUACGUCGCUGGCGGUCAGGAUUCUGCAUCUGUUGGGGAAGGAAGGGCCGAGGACCAAACAACCCUCGAGGUGCAUUCGUUUCAUCUACAACCGCGUCAUUCUGGAGAACCCCACCGUCCGCGCGGCGGCCGUCUCGGCCAUGGCCCAGUUCGGGGCCACUUGCCCCGACCUCCUCGAAAACAUCCAAGUGCUGCUGGCGCGUUGCCAAAUGGACUCGGACGACGAGGUCCGCGACAGGGCCACUUACUACAGCAGUAUUUUGGGGCAGCAAGACAAGGGGCUGUACAAUAACUACAUCCUGGAGACACUCCAAGUGUCCAUCCCGGCACUGGAGCGCUCGCUCAAAGACUACGCCCUGAACCCGGGCGACAGCCCCUUCGACAUGAAGUCGGUCCCCAUCGCGGUGAUUCCAACCCGCGAGGAAGCCGAAGACAAGCACAAAGCCGACGGAAUGAUCAUCUCCAGCGGCCCCCCGAAGCCCCCAACGGUCUCACGCGAGGAGAGCUUCGCCGAGAAGCUGGGCCACCUGCCGGGGGUCGCCGACCUGGGGCCCCUCUUCAAGAGCUCGGAGGUGGUCGAGUUGACCGAAUCCGAGACGGAGUAUUUCGUCAGGUGUAUCAAGCACUGUUUCACCAAUCAUGUGGUCUUGCAGUUCGACUGUUUGAACACGCUGAGCGACCAACUGCUGGAGGAUGUGCGCGUUCAGCUGGACCCCAGCGAGGGGUACACUGUUCUGAGGGAGAUAGCGUGCCCCAAGUUGCCGUAUAAUGAGACAGGGAGCGCUUAUGUCGUUUUGCAGUUUCCGGAGAACGAUUUGCCGAAUAGUGUUGGGACGUUUGGGGCCGUCUUGAAGUUUAUUGUUAAGGAUUGUGACCCCAAUACGGGGCUGCCGGACACCGAUGAGGGCUACGAUGAUGAGUAUAUGCUCGAGGAUUUGGAGAUUACGCUCGGGGAUCAAAUCCAGAAGAUCAAUAAGGUGAAUUGGGGGGCGGCCUGGGACGAGGCCGUGGCCACGUGUGUCGAAAUGGAGGAUACGUAUUCGCUGAGUUCGAUGAGUACGCUGGAGGAGGCGGUUAAAAAUAUUGUGCAGUUUUUGGGGCUCCAGCCGGCUGAACGCACCGAUAAAGUUCCAGAGGGGAAAACCACUCACACUUUGCUAUUAGCAGGAAUGUUUAGAGGCGGCAUUGACAUCCUCGUGAGGGCCAAACUGGCCCUUGCCGACGGUGUAACGAUGCAACUAACGGUGAGGUCAACAGAUGGCGAUGUUGCCGAAUUAAUUACGUCAACAGUAGGGUAAAAAAGUUAUAUUCAUGUUUAUUUCCUAAUAAAGUUAUUAAACCACGUA